AUGGAGACGAAACUUUUAGGUAACUUGGCAAGAGUGUCAUCCAACCCGAAAAUAACAGCAGUCCAAUGUAUUGAUUCGGAUGGCCUUUGUAUUGCCUCUCACGGGACUGGAAAUGAUCAAACCACAGGAGUUCUCAGUAGCAUAUACAAACAUGCAGCAGGUAUUGAAGAAAGCUCCGAAUCGCCAGUGUUAGUAAUUGAGUUUGAGUCAAAAUCAAGUAUUUUGUGUGAAGCGUAUGGUGUUUUAACUGUUGUUCACAAGAAUCAGUGA